AUGAAGCUCGACGCAAAAGCGAUUCGUUACCUGACCUCGGAGGAUUUCCGGGUGCUUGCAGGGGUGGAAGCUGGCAGUCGCAACCACGAAGUGGUUCCAACGCCGCUGAUCGUGCAACUCUCCGGCCUGCGAGGCGGUAGCGGUGUGCAUCGGUCGAUCUCAGUUCUGGCGAAGACGAACCUGAUCGCCAAGGUGAAGAAUGCGAAAUAUGAUGGCUACCGGCUCGCCUACGGCGGACUCGACUACCUCGCGCUAAAUGCGCACCAGAAACAAAAAUGCAUCUACUCAGUCGGCAACCAGAUCGGCGUGGGCAAGGAAUCCGACAUCGUGGUCGUAGCUCACAGCAGCGGCGCCCAACGAAUUCUCAAAAUCCACCGUCUCGGCCGCAUCUCGUUCCGAACCGUCAAGACGAAUCGCGACUACCUGCGCCACCGCAACACGGGCUCGUGGAUGUACAUGUCUCGCCUGGCGGCGAUGAAAGAGUUUGCGUUUAUGAAAGCGCUGCGCGAGAACGGAUUCUCCGUGCCCGAGCCCAUUGCCCAAAAUCGGCAUACCAUUGUCAUGAGUCUGAUUGAUGCUUUCCCGCUCCGUCAAAUAUCCAAGGUCCCUCGGCCCGCGGAGCUGUACUCGGAGUUGAUGGACAUUAUUCUGGAGUUGGCGCGGUUCGGCCUGAUUCAUGGUGACUUUAACGAGUUCAAUAUCCUGAUUAAGGAAGAGGAGGAUCCGGAUGCGAAGGGAAAAGCACCUGCGAACGCGGAUGACGAGAACGAUGAGAAUAUUCGGCUUGUGCCUGUGCUUAUUGAUUUCCCGCAGAUGGUGUCCAUCGACCACGCCAAUGCGGAGAUGUACUUCGAUCGGGAUGUCAACUGCAUCAAGAAGUACUUCCAGCGCAAGUUCCACUUUGUCAGUGAUGUUCCGGGACCGUCCUUUGCCGAUGCGAAGAAGAAUAUGCUCAAGAAUCCGGGGAAGCGGUUGGAUGUGGAAGUGGAGGCAUCUGGUUUCUCGAGGAAGAUGGCCCGCGAGCUGGAAGCGUACAUGAAGGAGGUUGGGGUCGACGGAGAUGCGGGUGCGUCUCGAGAUGAAGAUGAUGAUGAAGAUGAAGAUGAUGAGGAGGAAGAGGAGGGUUCUGAGGAGGAACACGGUGAUGAUGGACAGCCGGAGGAGGAAACGGGGCACUCGGAUAGCCUUGACGACAACUCCCGGCGAUUGGAGGAGCUGCGAGUUUGA